AUGCAGGCAGAUUCUCUUCUUCACAGUGGCUACUUCCACCCUGUGCUACGCUCCUGGCAGUGUACGGCAACCACCUUCGAUGCCUCCAACCUCAUCUACCCCAUUUUUGUCACUGACAGCCCUGAUGCAGUGGAACCGAUCUCCAGCCUCCCUGGACAAGCCAGGUAUGGAGUCAACAAACUGGAGGGGAUGCUACGUCCCCUCAUCAAAGACGGUCUGAAGUGUGUGCUCAUCUUUGGGGUGCCCAGCAAGGUCCACAAGGAUGAGAGAGGCUCUGCUGCUGAUGCAGAGGACACACCUGCCAUCCAGGCAAUCAAGAAGAUCAGCUCCACCUUCCCAGAGCUGCUAAUUGCUUGCGAUGUCUGUUUGUGCCCUUACACCUCCCACGGGCACUGUGGCAUCCUGCGCGAAGACGGCACCAUCCAGAACGAGCUCAGCUGCCAGCGGCUGGCAGAAGUGGCGCUGGCCUAUGCCAAAGCAGGCUGCCACAUCGUUGCCCCCUCGGAUAUGAUGGAUGGACGCAUCGCGGCCAUGAAGAAGGCGCUGAUCUCCAAUGACUUGGGCAAUAAGGUCUCAGUGAUGAGCUACAGUGCCAAGUUUGCUUCGUGCUUCUAUGGUCCCUUCAGGGAUGCUGCGCUAUCCAAACCUGCCUUCGGAGACAGGCGAUGCUACCAGCUGCCACCGGGCUCCCGGGGCCUGGCAAUGCGUGCUGUGGACCGGGAUGUGCGUGAGGGAGCAGACAUGCUGAUGGUGAAGCCGGGGAUGCCCUACCUGGACCUCGUGAGGGAUGUCAAGGCUCGA